UGAUGAGAGAGAGCUUGAAGAAACUAAAGAAUUAUGGAAGCUUUGGAAUUUCUGUGGAAAAGGGUAGCAAUAUCUCUGUGUCUGCUUCUCCAGCUCUUCCAUGGCGCCAUAGCCACAGCUUUCAACCUCACCACAAUUCCAUUCCACAAAGGCUUCACUCCUCUCUUUGGCCACCCCAACAUCAUCAGAUCCCCCGAUGACAUGACUGUCAAUCUUCUACUCAACCAGUACACAGGUUCUGGAUUCAAGUCGUCUGAUCUCUACAACCAUGGCUUCUUCAGCGCCAAGAUAAAGCUGCCGUCAGAUUACACCGCCGGCGUCGUCGUCGCCUUCUACGCAUCAAACGGGGAGAUAUUUGAGAAAACACACGAUGAAUUGGACUUUGAGUUUCUGGGAAAUGUGAAGAGGAAAAGGUGGCGGUUUCAGACGAACGUCUAUGGGAAUGGAAGCACGAGCCGAGGGAGAGAAGAGAGAUACUUCCUGUGGUUUGAUCCCUCCAAAGACUUCCAUCGUUACACCAUCCUUUGGACCAGCACCACCAUCAUCUUUUACAUAGACGAGAUUCCAAUUCGGGAGAUAUCAAGAAGCGACGCCAUGGCCGGAGACUACCCCUCAAAGCCCAUGUCUCUGUACGCCACCAUCUGGGACGCCUCCGAUUGGGCAACUUCCGGCGGCAAAUACAAGGUAAACUACAAGUACGCUCCAUUUGUGGCUGAAUUCACCGGCCUUGUCCUCCAUGGAUGCGCCACCGAUCCAAUUCAAGAGGUUUUAGCCACUAGUCGUUGCUCCUCGGAAGACGACGAUCAACUCGCCGGCACAACGUAUGCCGGCGUCUCGCCAGCGCAACGCAUGGCCAUGAAGAAAUUCCGGAGAAGAUACAUGUACUAUUCCUACUGUUAUGAUACGAUAAGGUACCCCAUUCCGCCGCCGGAAUGUGUGAUUGAUCCGUUGGAGAGGCUGCAGUUCAGGGAUACCGGAAGGCUGAAGUUCAGUUUGAAGCGGCGCCGGCAAGAUCGUCGUUCGAAGAGAAGAAACCAGGUUUCGAUUAUGAAGAGUUAUGGAGAUGAAGAUGAUGACUGAGAUCGAUUCAUGGUGUGCAUUUGCUUGAUGUGUUGCCUCUAUGGCAAAGAUCAAUGAAUUGGAUAUCCAUUCUUACAAAAUUUGCAUUUUAUGUGUACGUAUGUGUGUAUGUAUGUGUGUAUAUAUAUAUAUAUAUAUUAAAAUUAAACACAUUUAUAUCUUAAUUAGCUUUGUGUUAUCUAUUCUAUUAUUAUAUAAGCAAACACUUCAUUGUUGUAUUUGAAAUCUUAUCAAUAAAAUAAAUGAGUUCUUAGAAUAAAUUUAAAAAUAA